AUGGUGUCUUCCCCGGUGUUGGAGGUGCGACCCCUGCAGGCGUUCUCUGACGCGGUGAAGCUCCGGGUCCAGGCAGAGCGGGACCGGGAGCACCGGGACGUCCGGAUACAGGACCGCCAGGAUGACCAGAUACAGGACCACCAGGAUGACCUGAUACAGGACCGCCAGGUCGUCCCGAUGCAGGACCGCCAGGAUGUCCCGAUGCAGGACCGCCAGGUCGUCCCGAUGGAGGACCGCCAGGUCGUCCCGAUGCAGGACUGCCAGGUCGUCCCGACGGAGGACUGCCAGGUCGUCCCGACGGAGGACUUCCAGGUCGCCCCGACGGAGGACUUCCAGGUCGCCCCGACGGAGGACCGCCAGGUCUUCCCGAGGCAGGACUGCCAGGUCGUCCCGAGGCAGGACUGCCAGGUCGUCCCGAGGCAGGACUGCCAGGUCGUCCCGACGGAGGACCUCCAGGUUGCCCCGACGAAGGACCACCAGGUCUCCCGGACGGAGAACUGCCAGGCCGUCCCGAUGGAGGACCACCAGGUCGUCCCGAUGGAGGACCACCAGAAUGUCCCGACGGAGGACCUCCAGGUCGCCCCGACGGAGAACCGCCAGGAUGCCCCGAUGGAGGACCACCAGGCCGUCCUGAUGGAAGACCACCAGAAUGUCCCGAUGGAGAACUGCCAGGCCGUCCUGACGGAGGACCGCCAGGAUGUCCCGACGGAGGACCACCAGGUCUUCCCGCUGGAGAACCGCUAG